GAGGAAAAGGAAUAAAGUGAUUUCGGCAGUAAAAAUUCUGUACAAAGCUUACAUUAAAGUCGAAUAGGAGUUUUGGAUAAGUUGGAAUCUCUUUAAGUAUCCAUAAGCUGCGUGAAAAUCUGAAAAGUUUGAGGUUUUAGACUUCAUAAAUUGCCCGACUGAAAAAAGUUAGGAGCUCUUUCAGCAUGACUAAGCAACUACAAGAGAUUCUGCACAUGAAUGAAGACAAUACAGAUACUUUUCGAGAUACUUCAGUUGCCAGGCCUCUUUGCAGUCUCAUCCGACUUAUCCACAUUGAGCACAACUACAAUUGCAUUCCACCUGAUAGCCAACCAGCAAUCAAGUCCAAACGAACACUUCGCCAGCUGGUUUGCUCCUUGCAGGCAGAGAAAAAUCUGGGCCCACUUGACUUUGCGGCCUUAAAGGAGCAUAUCCUGAGGGCAGAUGUGAUCCUGCGGCGAUUGCGUCGAUUCCUGGCCAGCAAACGCAGAUUCAUCGACUUUAGUCCGAUGUCUGUGCUACAAGAGGCCAUCGUGCAACAUUUGGCCGCAGAGAUGCGCUGCACGACCAGGUUCUAUGACGGUCAAGGUGGCAGGCGGUACUUGGUGGCUUAUAGGCCAGGAAUCGGUCCCAAUUCCUUCGAAUUGCGGGCUCGCGAAGGUGACCUUAGUGGGGAUUGCAAGCAGACCAGGAUGUGCCUCCGAAAAACCAAACUCAAAUGCCACAAGCUGGAUUUGCGCCAAAUCACAGAGCAUUCCUGUCGUCUGGGCAGGAAAAUUCUGGAGAAGCUCAGUGCCAAAAAGGGGACACUACGUAGGAAUGAAGAAACAUGAAGAAUGUAGAUUUGCAAGUCAUUAUUUAGAUGAUUGAUUUAAAAAAUAUAUCAAAGCUGUUUGUAUUGAUCGGAUUUCAAGUAGUUAGAAUAUUAAAUAUUCACAAGUGAGCAAUAAGGGAAACGUGGCUGCGGAAAUGAGAGUCUCUUCUUUCACUUUAUCCUGCACUUCAGAUUGCUUUUAAGAUUUGUUUUAUGUGACAGCUUUUAAAAGUCUGCAGAUGAACUGGGGAUUGCGAGUAUGCGGCCCUUUCAUGGCGAAAAUAAUGCACAAUUAUAUAUUAUUUGCUCUUCUUUUCAAGUUUAAUGGUACAAAGCCACCUCUCGAAUUGCUUUCCCAUUGUCCGAAUGUGCGCAGCUCAUGAAGAUGCAACUAUCUGCAAAAUGUCAGGAUUACUUUUGUGCACCCAUUUGUUGUCCAGAGCUUGGACUUUAACCCCACAUCCUUAUUGCGUCCUUCUUUCUGGUCACGUGCCCCUUUUGCUUACAUUAAGGGGAUUUGCAGUAUUUUGUUUUCUUGUAUGGCGAUUUGAUUCCAUUUCCUGCUCGCUACACACACAUUUUUUUGCCAUAUACCCUUUGCCACAGAUCAACGCAUAUUUGUUUUACUCUCGCAUUAUUAUCCUUAUCCCAGCCCGUUUUUUCCUCGGAUUCCAACCCAAUGGGAUUGGUGUGAACUUUGGCACUCGGCUGCAGCUUUUUCUCCGGUUAUCCUUGGUCCUGCAACUCCGACCACUGCUGCAACUAUUUAGUGCUUUCCACUUGUGUUUCCACUUCUUAUUGUGUUCUAUAUCGCUCUGCCACUGCCACUGCCACUGCCAUUUGUUGCAUCGGGGGAUGACUGGCUCACCCUUUUCGUUUCCAGCAUUACGAGGGGGUGGGUUUACUUCUUUGAAAGAUGGGGCUUUGGGAUGUAGGAUGGGAUGGGAUAGGAGUAGGAUGUGUUUGCUUCGCUGAUAAGUGCACGUCUGGGGGAUUAGCGGUCUCUUAUCGGUCGGAAUCCGUGUAGCCCGGCCAUUCCACUGCCACCCAAAUCGCAGCUUCAACACAGUCAAUUUACUCGGCGAGGCUUUAAUAGCGGCCAUUGAGUCACGUGCUCGAAAGCUCUUCAAAUUUGAUUACAUUUUAAAGGAUUUAGGUACAUGUCCAACUGUUUCGCUUCGAUAACUUUUAUUACUCCCGCCGACAGUCGACCAAGUGUAAUUGAAUUCCACCGCUGGGGAAAGUGAGUACACCCUGGCCAUAUAGUCGUACUCGUAACUGCUGGCAAUUGUUUUGACCAAGUUGUGCAAUUUGUCUGACUGCAAAUUAAAUCCAUUGGCGCUGCCUUUGUGUGCUGCUCGCAAUUAGUGGCACCAAUUGGGAUUGCAGCUCGUUCCGCAGCUGAUUCGGCCAGAUUGGAUUAGUGUCAGUUGCCAGUGCAAUCAGCAAUACGAAGCAACAGUUGCAGGCUCCCAAAGCUGGCCACCCAAAGGAUGCCUACAGGGGGAAGGAAGGAGGAUUCCCUAGUGCGCAUGUGCCCACACAGGAUGCCGAGUUGCCUUCGGGCUGGCAUCUGGCUUUUGGCCCAUGUUGAUGUUAUGUAAACAAACGACAGUUGGACACACGGCGCCCGGCGAGACUGCGGCUUGUCCGAGUGUUCGGAUACUUGGAUACUUGGAUACUUGGUUAAUCGAAGGUGGGCUUGGCUUCCGGACCUCUGACAACAUCGGUGCCGGUGCCGGUGCCGGUACCAGGUUUCCCCUGUCGAAGCUUAAAGCCAAACGGCAAUGGGCAAAGGGACAGCAUCCGGUAUCUGGUAUCAGCAGAUGCCAUGUCGUUUACUCACUGUAAUGAAACACCGUUGAUAUGGAAUCCCCGAGAAAUGCCAGUGGCUGGUAGUCGGAGAUGGUUCCCACAUUACU